AUGCCCACGGGAGCAGCGGCGACGUCUCCUGCGCAGUUGCCUGCUUCUAUCGACGACGAGGAGACGUUUCGACUCGUCGAAGAGAAAGAGACUUUUUUGUGGACAGAAAAUGGUCCAGGUAGAGCGCCAUCCAGUUGGCAGUUCCCACAGGAGCGGCUCGUCUGUGCCGCCCUGCGCUGUCCUGAGCAGGACGCUGGACUGUGGACGCGAAUCACGUUCCGCUGGCUGAAUGCACUUCUAGAACUGGGAAAAAUCAAACCUUUGGAACUGGACGACUUGUGGUCCUUGCCCAGCAUCGAUGAUCCUACUAGGAUUAGUGCUCGGUUCCAGGAAACCUGGAAACGCCGCUGUGAACGCCACCAGUACCGGCCCCGUGCUCGUGACCAUAGCCAGGGUCGAGCCACGCGUGAAGCGCCGCACGUACCUCAUCCGCGUGGCAUUUGCGGGCUCUUUUCACAGCUUCGCCUUUGGAUACUGCACAGGUCUGGAGUAGCGAUGUCGCCCACAGAUCCCGAGGAGGAGCAAACAAACCACGAAGCGUUUCUGGCUUCACCGCAUACCGUUGCGAAGUCACCGCGUCCUCUGAGCGUAUCUACUGAAUGCCGCGAAGAUGUCGUACCGAAGCGACCGGAACAAGGUCUCGGAGCGGUCGUGCUGGCCCUGUUAGACGCGUUCGGAGGGCGCUGUCUGGGUUCUGCACCACUCAAGCUGUGCUAUGAUCUGCUGAACUUUGUAGGGCCACUAGCGCUGGAACGCAUGCUGCAGUUCUUGUCGCGUGGUGCACACGAAGAAAGCUCUCUUGAAGGCAUGCUCUGCGUGCUAGCACUUUUCACUGCUCCAAUGUUGCAAUCGAUCUGCCUACACCAGUAUUUCCAUAUGAAUUACCGCGUUGGGAUGCAGGCACGGGCUGCACUCAUGGAUGCCAUUUAUCGCAAGACACUUCGGUUGAGUGUUUGCGCCCGCAACCAUUACGGAGCUGGAGACAUUGUGAAUCUGUUGGCAGUGGAUACCCAACGCGCAACCGUGGACCUGACCCCGUACCUGCACAUCAUUUGGUCUGGUCCGUUGCAGAUCAUCAUCGCCAUGGUGUGCUUGUAUCGAGUGGUAGGUAUGGCGGCCUUUGCGGGCUUCCUGUUCAUGGCGGCGCUUAUUCCGCUAAAUGGCUGGGUAGCUCGCUUAAUUGGGCAACAAAGUCGAGCGCUGAUGGAACGCAAAGAUGAACGGAUUCGACUGCUCCAUGAAAUCUUGUCGGGUAUUCGACAGAUCAAGAUCAUGGGCUGGGAGCAGGCCUUUUUUGAACGCGUUCAGGAAGCGAGGCUGCGGGAGACGCAAGUUUUGCGUCGCAAACAACUUUUAGAAGCGUUCUCGAACUUUUCUUGGGCUGCUGCGCCUGUCGCAACGGCGCUGGUAACUUUUGGCUGCAUGGGUGUGGGCCCCAGCGCGCAGCGUUUGACGCCCGCAACUGCCUUUGGAGCGCUGACGCUCUUCAAUAUCUUGCGUUUCCCGCUGAGUGUUUUUCCGGACGUGCUCAGUUCCCUUAUGGACGCCGCUGUGAGUCUACGGCGGAUCCAGGCCUUUCUCUGUCACUAUGAGGUACCGGAGCGGUUCGCGUUGGAUGCAGUGGAAACGGAUUCUGCUUCGAGCGGCACUGAGGUAUCCGAGACGCUCGCUGGACGGCCAUCCGUUGCUCGAAAGGCGACCAGUAGUUUCCUCGGGGGUGGACCAGCGAACGGACUUGAUCGUGUGGCAAACUCGCAGAGCGCAUCCAAAGCAGCAGCAGCAGACGUGACACAUUUUCCUGUUGCAGGUACCGAAACGAUGCGAUCCACUGAUGCACCGGCAGAGGCUUCAUUGUUUAUUGACGCAGGGUCAGCUGCAACCCGCGAGACACCGGGUUCUGAGUUGUUGCGAGUGCCUUCACUGCCCUUUUUAUCGGAUACAUCCGCAGCGCGAUCCACAUCGCUGCAAGAACACCAAGAGUCUCGUCUGCAUCAGCGGCAGACAACUGCAAGUCGAUUGCUUCCUCCGUAUGGUACGAGUUUCCGCGCAGGGCACUGGAACGAAGCGACGCCUGGAAUGGAAGCUCCAGGCGACGACGUGGUGAUUUCGCUACGCCACAUGUCGUACGCUUUUGAGCCUCUGCCGAUGCAGCUUGAUGCAUCGCUGCUUCUGGGAGUACCUAGUGUACACAGUAGCGCAUCUGGGCAGUCGUCUAUGGGUGGAUCAUCACUAUUGGUGCCCCGCCAUGAACUGGCAGCGUCAAUUCAGAAUCUCGAUGCAGUAUCGUGUUCAUUCGGAGCCAAGCACAAUGACGUAGACCGUUCGACCUAUGAGGGCAGUGUCGUUCAGGGUGUCCAUGGCGGCCUAGUGCCCGACGACAAGGCCGUUGACCAGACGACGGCAUCUGUGCAUCUGGGGCAAACGUUCCGCAACGCAGCCGCAUGUGAUCCGGAUAUGGAUACGAUUAUGGAUAUGGAUACGGACACGAAUACGGGCGCCGGGCCUUUCGCUACAAAUCAGGCAGGCACCGUUCCGUCUCGGAAAAAUGCGCUGAAAAAUACCCCGGAGAUGACUGAAGCGUCUCCAGGUCAGGGAACUUUAUCGUGGGUGCUCCACGAUAUCACGUUGCAGAUUCAGCGCGGACAACUUGUGCUCAUUUGUGGUGAGGUCGGAAGUGGAAAAUCCUCUCUGUUACUGGCCAUUCUCGGUGAGCUGUAUGGCUAUCCAGCGACUGUGGAGGCUGCGAUGAGCACCACUUUCGAAGCCAAAACAACCCGGUCGUUUGCUUCGUCGUACCAGGGCGCCCAUCACCUCGUUCGACCAACGACGAUCGGCUAUUGUCCACAGGAGGCGUAUCUCAUGAACGCCUCGCUCCGCGAGAAUAUCCUCUUCUACACACCUCUGGACGAACAAAGGUACCGGGAAGUGCUCGAGGCCACAGCGCUGGUCGACGACCUUGCCCAGAUGCCCGCCGGAGACCGCACAGAGAUUGGGAGCAAAGGCAUCAACUUGAGCGGUGGUCAGAAAGCGCGAGUUGCCUUGGCGCGAGCACUCUACUCAUGCGCCUCACUCUUGCUGCUGGAUGACCCGCUGUCUGCAGUAGAUGCCACUGUGGGUCGUGUUCUGUUUGAGCGAGCGCUGUGCGGCCCGCUGGCUCGAGGUCGCACCCGAAUCCUGGUAACACACCACCGCCAGUGGCUUUCUCGUGCCGACCUGGUGAUCGAACUUGCGGGCGGACGCAUUCAGCGGCACAGCGUUCGUCCGCAACCGCUGAGGAUCCCCAGGGGGAAGCCCCGGGAUCAGCAAGCGUCCCCCAUACAGGUAUCGCUUUUGUCGGAUGCCGAGAACGAUGAGAAACAGCUGUUAGCUUCCGGCGACAAAGCGGGUGCUUUUCGAGUGCCAACGUCGCGGGCAGCGGAGCCACUCGUCAUGGAACACAGCAAUGAGCUGGAGGUAUCAGGCUCUUUCCCGCUGGGCACUAUUGAUGCUACUGCUGGUGCUGGGCGUGGCGCCCCUGAAGAUGCACUCGCUGCGGAACACGCUGUCGGAGACCUGCCCCUGAGCGAAGUGUCGAUAGCGCAGUCGUCGCGACCUGGCAUAGAGCAAGGGGCGACGCCGCACGCGAAAGGCAAUGCGUUCGACCAGUUCGCUGACAACAAUGACAACGACAAGUAUGCGUUGCGGUCUAGGGCGACGUACGCGGUGGCGAGCAACCACGAGAGUCCUGCAGAUGGUGCAGCCCCGUCUGCGGAUCCCGAGUCGAUGCCCGAAGCCCCAGGCACUACCUCCCAUCAACUGGUUACAGCAGAGAAUCGAGAAACCGGAUCCGUGAAAAGGACUGUUUACCUCGCGUACUUUGCAGCAGCAGGUCGGUUCCUGUUAGCAGUAACGAUUUUGGCGUCAGUGUUGGCACAGGUUUUCCGCAUCGGAACAGAUUCAUGGCUUGGUAUCUGGUCUGAGGCGGGCUCGCGAGCUGCCACCAGCGCUGCGCAACGAACUGGUGCCGAUAAGCGAAACCCCUCUACGCCCUCUGGGUUGCCUACGGGUGCCCCAGGGCUUGGGCAUGUCCCGAAAAUGUCUCCAGGGGUGCGAACCCGUAUCCAAAAUCUUAUGACGCCUUCUGGAUCACAUCUCGCUGCCGAAGAGCAUCAAGUUGUCUCUGUGCUAACUCCGGAUCAGGAGCACAGAGGGUGGCAACAGUACCAACAACAUCGCUCUUGUGCAGAUGCGCUUACAUCACGCUACCAGCAAGGACGCUCGUGGAAGCAAAGCAUAUUCUGGGGGUUCCCGAACCGUCCGAGUCGUGAACGCGCAGCUGAGACGUCUCGGUCGGAUUCGCAGCGCGUACUCCACGCGACAUCUUUCUAUCUGGGGAUUUACGCCCUGCUGAAUUUAUCCACCUUGCUGAUGUUGUUAGCACGGUCCAUUCUGGCAGCUUUGAGUACGCUGUCUGCUGCAAUUGGUCUUCACACGCGCUUGCUGCAGGUCGUGCUGCGGGCACCGACGAUGUUCUUCGAUACAACUCCCGUGGGCCGGAUCCUGAAUCGUUUCAGCAAAGAUCAGGACGCCCUCGAUGAAGACCUCCCCUAUGCGCUGCUGUCUUUCCUGAACUGCAUUCUUCAGGUUUUGGGGGUGGUCUGGGUGACCAGCACGGUGACGCCUGUCAUGCUCCUGGUGCUGAUACCCACUGGGAUUCUCUAUUACCGCCUCUCGCGCUACUAUCUGUGUACGUCGCGCGAGUUAAAACGACUCGAGGCGCUCAGCAAGUCGCCAAUCCUUGCACGAAUGGGAGAAACAGCUGCCGGAAUACCAGUCAUUCGAGCUUUUGGACUCGUUCGAGAACAUGUUCAGGUCUUCCUCGAGGCAGUGGCGGAUCAUAUGCGGCCGUACCUCUACUCCGUUGCCUGUAAUCGUUGGCUGUCUUUCCGACUGGAGAUGCUCAGUGCAAUGACGGUGUUCGCCACUGCACUCGCUGUGUUUCUCUUUCGCCGGAGCCUUAGUCCGGCGGCGGCAGGUCUUUCGAUAACCUAUAGCCUCCUGGUGACGCAGACACUCUCAUGGCUGGUUCGGAUGACCACCGAAGUCGAGAACGGUAUGAGCGCUGUGGAGCGCAUCCUCUGGGAGAUUCCCAGUGAGGCGCCUGCGUACAUCGAAGGCUCCCUUCCAGCGCACUGGCCAAGCGAAGGACGGGUCGAGUUUCGCGACGUCUGGAUGCGUUAUCGACCAGAGUUGCCGCCAGCGUUGCGUGGGGUGUCGUUUACGAUCCUUCCUGGACAACGGGUUGGUCUCAUAGGUCGCACCGGUGCCGGCAAGUCUUCCAUUGCACAGGUGCUAUUUCGCACUGUGGGCGAUCCGCUACAAGCCGGAGCCGUCAUCGUGGACGGGAUCGAUAUCAGCCGAGUCGGGGUGGCGCAGUUGCGUGAACGCCUUGCGAUGGUCACCCAGGAUACCAUUCUUUUCCGCGGAACGCUCCGAGAAAACCUGGAUCCGUUUCAUCGCCAUACUGACGCGGAGUUGUGGCAGGCGCUGCGGUACGUUAGCCUGGCGGAAAACGAUACGCAUUCCGCGUGGGCGGCUGUGGACCGAACUGCGACGAAAACUGCUGUGGCUGGUUGUCGCCACGGCGACACGAGCGCCCACACGAAGACCGGCACCGAUGCAGCCGUGAACGCCGCCGAUGCAGUUGCUGAGCACGGAACGCUCGCAGCGCAUGGUGCAAGCACUGCCGCUCUCAAGCAGCAGGAAGAGCAGGCGCGGAGUAUGCCUGCGUUGAAGUCGAGUAACCGGUUUCCGUCGUUAGAUACCCACAUUGCGGAGGGUGGCUCUAACUUGUCCGCAGGCCAACGGCAGUUGUUGUGUUUAGCACGAGUGCUUCUGCGGCGACCUCGUGUCCUCGUCCUGGACGAGAGUACCGCGAACCUUGAUUACCGUACAGAUCGAGCGAUCCAGCGGACGAUUCGAGCUUGCCUACAGGGCUCGACACUCCUCAUUAUCGCACAUCGUAUGGAUACGAUAUUGGAUUGUGAUCUCAUCAUCGGUCUCGCCGCAGGGCGUGUUGUCGAAUGCGGGUCACCUGCGUCGUUGCUACAGCGUCGAGACUCGCUUUUCUACCAACUGGCUUGGGAACAAGGUGUUCUCGAGCAGAUCACUUCGGGUACGUUGUCGUAG